AUGGCCACCAAACUGGGAGAGGACGACUUCACUCGCGUCUCGGCGCACGCUGCCGAGACCGUCACCGACGCAUACUAUGUCGCCCUGGCAAGCGCCCGUGGUACUCUGGCCUCCUACUACGUCCCCAAGGCCGUCCUUCCGUCCGGGAAACUGCUGCCUCAGAUUUCCUACAAUGGCACCGUCAUCUCCGACCCUGAAGAAUUCGCGAAUCUCUACUUGACACAAAUGCCCUUCACCUACUUCGAAAUCCAAUCCAUCAACGCACACGUCCUCAACCCAGCACUCGCCCCUCUGGAUCAGACUGCAAGCAAGAAGGAGCAAGUCGCAAACAUGAGCAUCCUUGUCCAGGUCAGCGGUUACGUACGGUUGAUCGAGCGCAAGGAGGGUCCAAUGCGCGCCUUCUCGGACACCUUGAUCCUGGUCCCCAACAAGGAAGAAGUUGGUGCAAAGGGCAAAGACAAGACCGGCGAGGGCAAGAGCUGGCUCAUCCAGAACCAGAACUUCAGAUUCGUCGUUUGA